CACCAACACCAUCAUAUUUUGGCUUUAUAAAGAAGGCAUAGAACUCAUUAGAACUUCCCCCUUUCCCCUUUCUUCUCUAUCAGUUCCUUGAUUAUAGCUUUCAAUGGGAUUCUACGCUGAAGACACUCUCUCAGGCUUGACAAUAGGCCAGGCCAUAUACGAGGUAGCUCUGAUGAUUGCGGUUCUGAGAUGGGUCUUGUGCUUGAUCUUCAGAGUGAUGAACGACAGAAGAAGAACAGAAUCCGAUGAGACCCCAGCAGCAGAAGCAUGUUGUCAGAAGGAGUACAACAACACUCUUGUGCUGACGACGUUAGGAGAGAUUAAGGAGAGGCUGCCGCAGACGGAGGAGACAUGUGCGGUGUGCCUGAGCCAGCUGAGCGUGGAGGACGAGGUUAGGGAGCUGAUGAACUGCUACCACGUGUUCCACAGAGAGUGCAUAGAGAGAUGGUUGGAGCACGAGCAUGAGAAUCACAUCCCCACGUGUCCUCUCUGCAGGGCUCCUUUGCUGAGUUCUUGCUGCCACCACAGCUCCACCACUUGUGUCCCUCCUCCUCAGCCUAGUUGGGCUGUGGAGAGACUUCUAUAUCUUUUUGGGGAUGAUCUCUUGCCUUGUUAGUUCUUUAUUAGAUUCUGCUAGGGGAUUCAUUAUUUGUUAUCUUUAUCAUCCUAUAUGUAAUUGUUGCUUGCUGCUACAAAAUAACUAAACUAGGACACAAACUAGCUUCCAGUUUGUGUGUGUAUAUAUAUAUACAUUUAAUCUCUUCAAUUUUUAUGAUUAUCUGUUUAUUGUAAAAGGAACAAGGGCCUUCUCUUCUCU